CUGGAGAUUAUUGAGUGUCCACCAGAGUUGUCGCUCAGAUUGACUAUGCAGUACCUUCGUGGAGAUGCUCUUAUAUGGUGGGAGGGAAUACGAUUGAGUCACUUUGGGCCAGAGAGGCUUACCUUCGCAGACUUCAUCCGAGAGUUCGAUAGGAAAUACUUUCCGAAGGAAGCUAUGGAUAGGAAGAAAUGCGAGUUCGAGCAUGUAAGUCAGGGUAAGAUGUCUAUCAGGGAGUAUGAGGUUGUGUUUAACCAACUUCGCAGGUUUGCUGGAGAGGGCAUUUUAGAGGAAGACCUGAUGAGGAAAUUUUUGAAUGGGAUGCGAGUAGAGAUUCGUAACAGGUGCCGUGUCGCCACUUAUCACAGAUUGGGAGACUUGGUGGAGAAAGCUGCCGAGCAGGAGGCAGGUUUGGCAGAGGAGCAGAAGUACUCCAAGGCAGAUCAGCCUAAGUUUGGAGGGACUUCAGAGGCACAACAGAGGACAUGGGACAAACCGAGCAUACAAUGCUUUUAUUGUGGAAAGAUGGGACAUAAGAGUAGGGUUUGUCGGAGUAGGCUAUUUGAUGCCCAGGUUGCGCCACCAGUAGCGGCAGCAGCACCAGUAGUGGAUGUUAGGAACUGUUUUGGUUGUAACCAGCCUGGUCACAUUUUCAGAGACUGUCCGAGGAGGGGUAAUGCAGCGCUUCCACCACCACCGAAGCGUUUAGCCAUCGCUCCACGUGUGUUUACGGUUGGAGAUCCCCAAGGAGCUGAGCCGAUAGCGGGUAUGUUCUUAUCAUACUUGCUUGUGUUAAUAUUUGUGGUUUUGUGGUUAUCUUGUAUAGUUCGAGAUUAGUGAACCUCGUGUAUGAUUGGUUUUGGCUGGUGUGAGUUACCUCACAACUUAUUUGACUUAAGAGCUUUUCAUAAUUUUGUGAAUUCGCGUUUGGUUAAGUUUUAGUCUUUUUGGAGGGAUCUUCUAACCGAAAGAUAAGCGAAUUUAGAUUGUUGUUAUGGAGAGCUUGUUGUUAUGGAGAGUUUGAGAGCGAUCAGGAAUUCAUCGUGAUGUACCUGCUAUCAUUUGAGUAUUAU